AUGGCCUACAACACCUUCCAUGAGGGCCUCAAGAUUGCGACGAACAUUGGGAACCGAGCAAUCGCGGCCGAGGCGAGUCUCGCGAACUUGAGCCCAAUCGCCUCGCCCCUCCCCACGCUCCACAAGGCUUUCAGCCUAUACAUCCAGGCCGCCGAGGCGUACUCGCACCUUCUCCAGAGCUCGCUCGUUCCUGCAUCCGAACGGGUGGGAAUUCAGCGCAAAUGGCGCCUGGUGCUUGAGCGGGCCGAGAAAGUCAAGCGGCGCAUCGAGGAGCUGGGAGGACGGGUCGGCGCGGCCAGUGUCGACGAAGCCGCCGAGGAGGCCGCCGUCGUCCGUCGCGGCGCCAGGGUUAAUGGGUUUACAGCCGAAUGCUGGCGUACCCCUGCAUACUUUGAGUAUACCGGCCCAGUGUUCAUUGACACGCGUCAGCCCGACCUCGCUUUAGAGCAGCUUGCACUUUCGCCCGAAUGGGCGGCCCUCCCCGACACGAUGUGGGACGCUCCACGAGGCAUGUGGGAGGUCUGCCAGGGUCCCGGAGCCGACUGUUCCGUCACCGCGGGGCUGGGCGCGUGCAUCGCGCACAAUGCGCGGUGGGGUACAAAGCUGUGCGAGUCGGCACUGUAUCCGCAGGCUGUGUGCGGGCGGCCAAGACGCUCGGAGAACGCGAAACACGUCGUCAGGUUACUCCUUAACGGGGCUUGGCGGAGCGUCGUCGUUGACGCACUUCUCCCUCGCUCAACGACUACACAUCGCCCACUGCACAUUACGGCGCGGCAGGGCGAGGAUCAUCUCGGGCCGGCGUGGAUCCCCGUGGCCGUCAAGGGAUACUUUAAGGCUCUCGGUGGCUAUUCCAUUCCCGGGAGCGAUCCCGCGCCGGACGUGUAUGCGUUCACCGGGUGGAUCCCCGAGCGGCUGAUUCUGUCGUCGGGGUUCCAGAGAGAGAAGGAGUGGAACCGUCUCUACAAGGCUUGGAGGCGGGGGAGCGUGAUCGUCACGCUUGGGAGUGGGCACGAUGCGCCGCCGGGAAUGGUGCCACUGCACGCGUACGGCGUGACGGGUGUGGAGGAGGUGGAUGGAGAGCGCGUGUUGCGCAUCUUCGAUCCCGGGUCGUGCCGAGGUCCUCAGAGUAUCGACACGCUCGCUACUGAGCUGCAGCAGGUCCGGGUCGACGAGGAGGGCGAAAAAUCGACACGACUCGCGUACUCGUUCACGAUGAGCUGGGACGAGGUGUGCUCCAAGUUCCACACACUCAACCUCAACUCGGACCCCGCGCUGCUACCCGUCACGGCUGAGCGGCACUGGUCGUGGCCGAAGCCUGAAGGCGACGCCGAUGAGUCUCUGUCCCUCCGUGCAAGCCCUCGGUAUCGCCUCACCGCAACGCCCUCGCAGCCUGACGCCGAGGUAUGGCUCCUCCUCUCGCAGCACCGCAACUCGAAAGAUGUGCCGCUGGAUGACAUUGCGCUACAUGUCUUCCGCGACCACCGAUCGCGUGUGGGGGCCGACCUCAGCCGUCUAGCCUCGCCCACCCAUGAGCAGGAGAACCCCUACACGAACGCGCUGCACACUCUCGUGCGCUACCCUCUCCGCGAGGGUCAGAAUGUUUUCUCAGCCCUGCCGUCGCGCGACCGCGGCCUCCUCCAGACGGGCUUCACGCUGCGCGCCUUCGCCAGUCCAGGCACGCAGCUUCAGCUCUCGCGCGUCGGCCUGACCAUGCCCUACACCGAGGAGGUGAGAGGCGCGCUGACCAAGCGCACCGCCGGCGGACACCCCGGUUACCCCAGCCACAGCAAGAAUCCGCAAUACAAGCUCGUGCUGGAGCGCAAGGGUACACUACGACUUGAGCUCAAGGGAGCAGCCGAGCUCGCGUGGAACGUCAAGCUCCUGUGGGGCGGGGAGCGGGUGUUCGAGCUGAGCGCUGAGGCCAUCGUUGCCGCCUCGGGCCCGUACAGCUACGGCAUGGCGUACUGCGGGGUCGACGAUGUUGAGGCGGGGACAUAUACGGUGCUUGUGUCGAGUUAUGAGCGCGACGAAGGCGCGUACUCGCUCACGGUCGAGGCGAGCGCGCCCGUUAGCCUGGUACCGAUCCCACAGGAGGGAGCUGGAAUGUACUCGCGCUCAAUCGUCGGCAAGUGGGACGAGCGUACGGCCGGCGGCCGACCCAGCGGGAACGGGUAUGACCGCAACCCCCACAUCGAAGUAACCCUCAGCGCGCCGGGCACCCUGCUCGCGCGCCUGACGCUUCCCAACCCCGCGCCAGUGCCGGUCAACCUGACCGUGUUCCGGCGCGGCACGGGAACGCUCGGCGAGCAAGUCGCCACGUCGGGGCCGUACGUCGAGCGCGUGAGUGGCGUGUCGACCGGCCGGGUUCGCCUCACGCCGGGCAUCUAUGUCCUCGUGCCGAGUACGUAUAAUGCCGUGUUGGAUGAUUGGGCGGUCGACGUGUGGGCCGACACGCAAUUUGGCGUCGAGGUGGUGCGAUAA